UAGAUCGUUCAGUUUGAUUUGGUAAGCCUGUCCAUCCAUCCGUCCGGCCUCUGCUGGACUUGGUUAUUAGUCAGAGUCUUCGCUUCGGAGUCCUCGGUCUUCUUCCUUUUUCUUUCUCUCUCGGAGCAAUAAAACUUCAUCAACGGAACACCACAGAGAUCUCCCUCCCUCAUCUUUCCUCCUCCGAUACAAAAUUGACCCGAUCCACGGACCAAUACUAAUCGUUAUUCCGAUUACUUUCCUGACUUCAUGAUCGCAGUCUAGGGUUUUGUUCUGCCAUUUUUUAGUACUGCAUUUCUCCUUACGUGAGAUGGCCAGGACCAGAUCGGCGUCGAACCGAUGGAGAUAUAUAAAUCCUGCCUAUUAUUUGAAGCGACCGAAACGUCUCGCACUGCUAUUCAUCCUCUUCGUCAGCGCCUCGCUCUUCUUUUGGGAUCGACAUACUCUUGUCGCAGACCACGAGGAGGAGCUUUCUAAGUUGAAUGAAGAAUUAAUCCGGUUGAAAAAUAUGCUAGAAGAGCUAAACAUUAACAAAGGAGUUUCUGGUGGAAAGAUGGGCAAAAAAGAUGUUAUAGAUGACCCUAUCAAUAUUCAGCGAAGAGAGAAAGUAAAAGACGCUAUGAUCCAUGCAUGGAGUUCGUAUGAAAAAUAUGCAUGGGGCAAUGAUGAGCUUCAGCCACAGACGAAGAAUGGUGUUGAUAGCUUUGGCGGUCUUGGAGCAACUCUGAUAGACUCACUGGAUACAUUAUAUAUAAUGGGUCUCGAUGAGCAGUUCCAGAGAGCUAGAGAGUGGGUGGCGAGCUCAUUGGAUUUCAACAAGAACUAUGAUGCCAGUGUCUUUGAGACAACCAUAAGAGUUGUGGGCGGACUUCUUAGUGCAUAUGAUCUCUCAGGGGACAAAGUUUUCCUUGAAAAAGCUAAAGAUAUUGCUGAUAGACUGCUCCCUGCAUGGGAUACACCUUCUGGCAUUCCCAGAAACAUCAUUAACCUGGCACACGGAAAUGCACAUAAUCCUUCAUGGACUGGGGGCGAGUCUAUCUUGGCAGAUUCUGCCACCGAGCAGCUGGAAUUUAUUGCUCUUUCUCAAAGGACAGGAGACCCCAAGUAUCAGCAAAAGGUGGAGAAUGUUAUCUUACAGUUAAAUAAAACCUUUCCUGCUGAUGGCUUGCUUGGCAUCUAUCUUGAUCCCAAUAGAGGGACAACAUCAUACUCAACAAUAACUUUUGGGGCCAUGGGGGACAGUUUUUACGAAUAUUUGCUCAAAGCAUGGAUACAAGGAAAUAAAACUGCUGCUGUGAAGCAUUAUAGAGAAAUGUGGGAGACAUCAAUGAAAGGUCUGCAAAGCUUGGUUCGGAGAAGUACACCGUCAUCUUUUACAUACCUCUGUGAGAAGACGGGGGAUGCAAUUAAAGACAAGAUGGAUGAGUUAGCAUGCUUUGCUCCAGGGAUGAUUGCCUUGGGGGCAUCCGGAUCUGGUCCUGAUGAUUCUCAGAAAUUUCUCUCACUUGCAGAAGAGCUUGCUUGGACGUGCUAUAAUUUCUAUCAGUCAACGCCAACAAAAUUGGCUGGAGAGAACUAUUUCUUUCAUCCUGGGCAGGACAUGAGCGUGGGUACAUCAUGGAAUAUAUUGCGACCAGAGACAGUGGAAUCGCUCUUUUACCUCUGGCGAUUGACUGGCAACAAGACAUAUCAAGAGUGGGGCUGGAACAUAUUUGAAGCAUUUGAAAAAAACUCUCGUGUUGAGGCGGGAUAUGUUGGAUUGAAGGAUGUUAAUUCUGGUGUCAAAGACAAUAUGAUGCAAAGCUUCUUUCUAGCUGAGACACUCAAGUACCUCUAUCUUCUUUAUUCACCCUCUUCAGUCAUCUCCCUGGAUGAGUGGGUUUUCAACACGGAAGCUCAUCCUCUGAAAAUUGUCACAAGGCAUGACCAAGUACAGAAUUAUGGAGGCUUAGAUAAGCAGAAUAAACCAGUUGAUAGGUCACGUGGAAGAAAAGAGGGCCGAUUUGUUGAUUAUUAAGAUUUUUAUUGGCAAUUCUCUGAUCAUUAAUUACCACUGUUGCUUGAAGAUUCGGCCUUUUUUACUUGGAGAGAUGAAGGUCUUGCAUUUGAGUGUAUCGGAAAGCAUCCACUUUCCAGUGCUUGAAAUCGGUGCAACAAUCACAAGGUUGGCUGUUUUGCUGAAUAUAUUAUGCAGCUCAACUGAUUCAACUUGCGCUAGACAGUGUUGUUUUGUAUUUUAUGGUAACUUAUAUUGUUGGCCCACAUUUUGAAAGUGAUGGCUAUGUAUGUAGCAUAGAGUAUGAGAACUUUACAUAUUGUUAUCUAUUGGGGAAUUCCACAUAGUAUGUACCCUAACGAAAGAAAGGUCAACACUAAAGCCUAUGGCAGUGCUUAAUCUUACAGAAUUGAUCAUCUGUAUUCAAGUUUUUA